CCACGAUACCCACGUCAGUUACUUAUGGCUGUCACAGAUUCUGCGUCCGCAACUGACGGAGGACGAGACAUGUCAGAAGGCUCUCAGACUGCGUCUCCCACAUCAACUUUACACGGCGAUGAUCACACAGCAAACCCAAUCCACCACAUUCCAGAACAGACUAAUUCUGAGAAACCGCAUGACAUUAGUAGCGGGCUGCCUGCGGCAAGGACUGACACAGACGUUUUAAUCGUUGACUGGGACGGCCCAAAUGACCCUCACAAUCCUAAAAAUUGGAGCUUUAAACGCAAAUGGGCUGCGACCGCAAUCGUUUCAUCAUUUACCUUCAUUAGUCCGGUCUCUUCCUCUAUGGUCGCACCCGCUACCGGACAGGUGGCUGAGACAUUUGGGAUUCAUAACGAAGUUGUGAUGGCACUCACGACAUCCAUAUUUGUGCUUGCGUAUGCGUUCGGACCUUUGUUUCUGGCCCCAUGGAGUGAAAUUUAUGGCCGGUCACGCGUAGUGCAAUUGUCAAAUAUAUGGUAUCUCGUAUGGAAUCUUGCAUGUGGAUUCGCACAGACAGAAUCCCAGCUUCUUGCCUUCCGAUUCCUUGCUGGCCUUGGAGGCAGCGCGCCAUUAUCUAUUGGCGGUGGUGUUCUUGGUGAUUGCUGGCGACCAGAAGAGAGAGGAGCGGCCUUUGCCAUUUACUCUUUAGCUCCGUUAUUGGGACCUGUCAUAGGACCUAUCACAGGUGCCUGGAUUGCUGAACGUUCGACUUGGAGAUGGGUGUUCCGCUCUUCGUCCAUUGUGGAUGCAGCUAUUCUAAUCAUUGGACUGUUUGUCCUUCAAGAGACUUACGCGCCCCUCUUAUUGGAAAGGAAGGCAGAGCGAAUUCGCAAAUCGAUGGAUGCCGAAAAAGCCCCGUACAGAGAAAUCCGCACCGUUUUCAACAGUGAAGAUCGCUCUUGGCGGUCCAUCAUGACCAAAUCACUCAUUCGCCCCUUCGCAUUCUUUGUCCAUGAGCCGAUCGUGCAGGUACUCGGCCUUUACAUAGCGUAUCUAUACGGGACACUUUAUCUCUUUUUGACGACGAUACCAUCGAUCUUUCAGGGUGUAUACCAUCACCCGGUGGGAAUCUCUGGCCUUCAUUACAUUGCGCUUGGUGUUGGGUUGACGGGCGCAUCCCAAUUAAAUUCGAAUACGAUGGACAAAAUUUACGUUUAUUUCAAGAAUCAAAAUGGGGGAGUUGGGAGGCCGGAGUUCAGAUUGCCUGCUAUGGUUCCAGGAUCUAUAAUGCUCCCAAUAGGGUGCUUGAUCGUAGGCUGGACUACCGAAGCACAUACUCACUGGAUAUUUCCAGAUAUCGGCAUCAUGCUUGUGGGAGCAGGCAUCAUCCUAAAUUACCAGUGUAUCCAAACCUACAUCGUCGAUUGUUUCACGCUUUACGCCGCUUCCGCGCUAGCCGCUAUCUCCUUUUUGCGGUCCCUAGCAGGCUUUGGAUUUCCCUUGUUUGCACCUUCGAUGUACAACGCGCUUGGGUUUGGAAAGGGCGAUACUAUUCUUGCAAUCGUGGCUAUUGUGAUAGGAUGUCCCGCACCGUGGAUACUUUGGAACUACGGGGAACGGAUACGGAAUAGCAGCCGGUAUACAUGAACCACUUGACCUAGACUGAUGAAAGGGAAGAACAAGGGAUAGCAAGAUUGGAGCGACCGGGGGCUCGGGUAGCCCUGAUGGAUUCGCGAUCGCUCACAAAUUUUUAAUUAUGCGGACAUUAAUGGUGUACACGUCCACCAUGCUUGUACGUUAAUGAGUCAAUAGAGUAGAUAUCCGGCAUAGUAAAUACCAUGUACUUAGCAUAUCCGAACACCGUUUCUAACGCCUCAGAAAAA